AUUUGUUCAAUUUCCGGUUUGGGAAUUUUAAAAAGUUAGAUUCCAUUUACAAUAGUUUUCCUUUUUUCUAUUAAUUUCUGCUGUAUUGAGUAUAAUGAACAGUGUUACAUGAAGCCAUACAAAGUUCAAAAUUGCAAUGGCACCAAAAGAGUUGGUGUUGUGGCAAGUGACCUCCAUGACCUCAUCAAGAAAGGACAACAAAAACUCAAAAUCAGAGGUCGUGCAGAGCAAGUUCGUGCUGUCUUGGAAGAUGGAACUGAGGUUGAUGAUGAUGAAUAUUUCUACAUGCUUCCUCCUCAUACAGUUUUCUACUUGUUGCCACUAGAAACAUCAUUUGGAUAUGCGCUCCUGCUACAGACAUUAUUUGAUCACGUGUCUAAAGCCAGUGGUAACAAAAAACUUCAGAGUGACAUUACUGACUUUAUUGAACAUGGUGACGGAGGUGAAACCAAAACUUUGAUGAUGGAGUUUGUCAACCAACUUUCAAAUAGAGAUACAAUUCAUGCAGAAGAUAGGAAAGAUCAUGAGGACUGGUUUGAAGGUACUGAGAAAAGAUUCAAAAGUAAAGAUUCUGUGAUGCGCUACAGUGCUGAGAGAAGAGUUCGCGGGUACCUCAGAACAGCACAAGAAGAGGUUAAUAAGGCAAUAUCCUGUAAAAGCCAGAAGGCCCAGCUGGAUGCUGUGAUGGAAAACUUCAAGGAACGCUUGAGGGAAAACAAAUACCAUGGAACCUACUUCUCUAGGAAAGAUCACAAGCAUGCAGACUCCAUGUGUGAUGAAUUUGGCUGGUUUAGGUGUGAGGGGGCAUAUGAUGAAGACAGCUGUGAUAGGAUACACAGAAUAAACCCAUAUGGUGAUCGGGACAGUAGAGUCCUGUUCAGUACCUGGAAUCUCGACCAUGUCAUUGAAAAAUCAAGAGAGAUUCUACCUUCACUUGUGAAUUCUGCUGGGAAAGUGCCUAAAGACAAACAAAUUAACUGGCAGUACUUCUACAAUCUCUUGUUCACUCGGGACAAUCUUAAGCUCGUACAUAUCGUGUGCCAUAAAAAGGAAGAACAUUCCACGGAGAAAUGUGAUGAAAAACGAUUCUAUAGCAAAAAGUGAUAUUAGUUUAUUUUAAUUUUGCCUGCUAAAAUGAAUUAGUAUGGAGUAUUGAAUUAUCAAAUGAGCAUAUCUUUGAGGUCCAAUGACAGCAAACAGUAGAUCUGAAGUUCACAGCUAAUCUCCAACAGUACCAUA